AUGUUUGAUAAUUUUAUUGAUCAAAGAAUUGCUAACGAAGUAGAUUUGUUAAAAAGAAGAAAAGAUAGAGUAACUAAUUAAAACCAAAAAGAUAAUUAUUAAGAAGAUGAAGAUGAUUUUGAUGGAUAUAUACAGUAUACUCAUAUAGAACAUCUAAAAGAGUUUAAACAGGUCAGAGUAGGUUUUGAAGGGAAAUCUCUUUCAGAAUGGAAAAGUGCUUUAUAUUAUUUCAUUAUUGAAUACUAAAAUUAUCCCAUUAAACCUGUGAUAAUAAAAUUUCCAAAAGAAUUCAGACACUAAUACAUAAUACAAAAUACAGGUAUCUAUUGUCUUCCCGAUCUGAGUGAAAGGUAUUAAAAUAUAUAAUAUAUUAUUAGAAAUUGGAAAAGGUCCACAAAUUUAGAAUAAAUUAUUAAUAGAGUUAUUUAAACAUUUCAUGAAAUUCCAACAUAUUCUGAUUAUCCUGUUGAUUUAAGUUUUGUAUAAAUAAGCUUAAAUAAAGAAGAAUACUCAAUCGUUAUCAAAACCAAUAAGAAUUGUGCUUUAAAUUAUACUAAUAAAAUUAAUGAAGAAAGAUAAUAUCUUGAAUAGAAAAAAAAAUAACUAGAAAAUAUCGAGGAGAAUUUAAGAAAAAAAAAAGAAGAGGAAUAAGCUAAAAAAUAAAAAGAGCUAGAAGAAAAGUAAAGGUAGCUUAGAGAAAAUGAGUAAAAAGCAAUUUAGAAUUAACAACAAUAACAAUUUCAAAAAGAAAUAUAAUAAUAAUAACAUUUUAAAAAUUAGAACUAAAUUUAAUAAUAGUAAUAAUUUGAUUAACAAUAAUUUAUUAAUAAUAGAAAUAUGAAUCCUCAAAUUCCCUAUCAUCCUUUCGUUCAAAUGAAUGUCUAAGCAUAAGUAAAUUAAGAAUAAUAAAUGAUAAAUUAAGGUUUUAAUCCAAAUUAUUAGUAAUAACACUAUAUUAUGUAACCCAACAAUCAAUUUUAACCAACUAAUUACGAAUAAAUUAAUUAAAUAUAGUAUCCCUAACCAUAAUCACAAUAAACCGCAAAUCCUAAAAUUAAAAUCAUACCUAAUUAAAAUCCGAAUAAGUGA